AUGGACUCGAGUAACGUCGCCUCUCCCGCGCGCGGCGGAGCCCAGUCGCAAUCGAAUGAGCAACCUCAGCAGAUUGACAACCCGGCCCAAGUCGCGACACCCACAAUAAUAACACCCGACGACAACGAAGACGGUGACGAAGAGGAAAAAAUCUACGCUCCUCCUGCGCACAUCGCCGCUCGCUUCUAUACGUCGUCUCGUCGGAAUUCGCUCUCGUCAGCCCAUUCGCAUGCGUCGUCGCAUCGACGUGCGACGGCCGGCCCCCAGAGCACCUCGAUCGCACAACAUUUGCGUCGGGCUUCCAUCAUCGAGGAUCGCAAAGCACGGCUGGCCGACCGCGCCGCACAUGUCGAACAGGUCCGCCUCCGCGCCGCCUUGGCCAAGGCUGCGCCCCGCGGCAACAGCAAUACCAGGGAAGAGCGGACUUUGGCGGCACAACUGGCGAAGGAGAAAUAUCUGGCCAAGGUAGCGGCGACAUGCGCGGAGGAAGUCGCGCGUGCCAAGCGUAUCGCAGAGGAAGUCAAGGAGAGAAAGUUGGCUGAUGAGGCGCGGGUGCGCUCGGAGAUGGAGGAGAGACACGCCGAAGCGGAGAAGAGGCGGGCGGAAUACCAGAGGAACCUGCAGGAGCGUCGGGCGCGACGUGCAGAUAGUUCCGAAAAGAAGCUGGCCGUGGUGGAGGAGGAUGCAGACGCGGACGAGGAUGCUAUCGCGGACGACGAAGUCACAGCUGAGCCGAUGACCGAGGACGAUGCUGCUCGGCGGAUACAGGUAUGCUGGCGAGUACAUCGACGGAUACAACCGUUGCUGGCCUUCCAGGAGCUGGAUCUCGAUUCUCAUACGACAAAGGCGACCAGCUUCGAGGACAUGACGACUCGCGUGGCUGAACCAGAAGUCAUACAAGCCGUGACUGGCAUCCUCACAUUCUUCGGCUUACAGGAUCGAGACGAUCCAAAUGCGCCGCUCAACACUCGGACCUUCCUCAGCGCCUUCAUGAUCAUUGGUCACCCAGCGGAAAUUCUGCAACACAAGAACGGCGCACAGGAACAGGAUUUGAUAGCAAAGGCCUCUGACCUGGUACACUUGUUCGAGGCCGCUGUGGCUCGUCUCGCCAGCUGGAACAACUUCACUCCCAACCCGAUGCAGCUGGAAACGCUCUCUCAAUCCUACACGGCCUAUACCUCUGCGUUUGCGGCCUGGAGACUCCAAGAUUCGAGUGUUCUGAUCGAAGGAAUGGUCGAUUCAUUUGUCGAACUGGACAAAAUCUGGCAGACGGUGAAAGACGACACUCGCGGCGAGGUAUCGAAUGACUACCGUGAGGGCAUCCGCAACAACCAAGUGCUUCUACUGAGCCGGAUUCGAAAAUUGGCCGGACCUGAAAGGGCGGACGUUCUGAUCAAGAAGGCCAUCCGUGAAUCGCGGCGUGGCAGACCAAGGCGACGUCCCGUUGCAGAGGUCAGACCUAGGAUCAUCGACCCUGCUGUUGCACAGGCGGCAGCGGCCACCGUUGAGGCAACUGCGGAUGAAAUUAUCGAAUCGCAGGCUCCUGCACAAGCGAGAGAUGUCUCUGGUCUGCUUCUGGCCAAAUUAUUCUCCGUCAUGCCUCAUAACAGGGUCCUCACCCACGAGCUCGCAAUCGACAAGGACUUCAAGCUGCAGGAUGUCCACGUCGAGGCGCGCGCACAGCUUUACGCCAGCAUCACCAGCAAUAUGAAGGAGGGCUUCGAGGCUGGCCAGGGAGGACAAUGGACUUUGUCGAUCGCGGAAAAUGUCAGGGGCAAAUUGCUGAAGAUGACCCGACCCAGCAAGGGCAUGCAAAUGACGAUCUCGGAGGCCCUAGACCUGGAGGACAUUCAUCGGCAAUGCACCCAGGGCAUUUUCUCCUACGAUGGGUUCUUCGAAUUCAUGGCCGAUCUUCUGCCGAAGCUCUGUGCACCUUUCCGAGACCAGGCGGUUCGCGAGCUGGCUGUCUCGCUGCGGGACAACAGCAACAGCAGCCUCGAGAACAUGGUCAUGAAAUUGUUCAACUUGUUGGUCAUGAUUGACAAGUUGAAUCUGGACUACACCAACUUCAUCAUCAUGAACGCUGCGCCAACCUUGAUCCGUGAAGCCGCCGGGUACGAGCAACGCCAAUUCUCUCGCGACCUCGAAUUCGGGGCCACCUCCCUCGAGAACACCCGGCGGUGGUGGUCCCAAGCCUCCUCGCAACUCAACAGCGAAGCCAACCGUCGCGAUCCCGACAACGUAAACAACCCCGCAGACCGGCCUUCACCCCACAAAAUCCACACCCAAGCCCUCAUCCACCUGACAUUCCGCUCCGCCGACCUCACACACGACAACUGCCCAGAGACCCUGACCCUCGACUUCGAGCGCCUGUGCGACCUCCGCACCACCGCCAUCCGCGUCGCCACCCUCGGCGCCGUCCUCCUCACCACGAAGAACCUGCUCAAACGCGACGUCCGCUCGCCCUGGAAGCACGAAGCCGCCCGCCUCUGGCAACUCGUCCUCACGUCCCCGGCCCUCGACGAGCCGGAAACCCCGGACAGACCCUCCCCGGCCCAAAAGGCCUUUUCCAUCCUCGAGACCGCCCACAACAUGCCGCCCGCCACCAAAGUCGCCGUCUCGGGCCAGAUCUCCCGCUUCUUCGCAUCCGCCUCCGCCGCGUUCCCCACCCCCACCGCAGUGCCAUCAUCAUCGACUUCGCCCAUCAACUUCGUCGACCCCGUCCUCAAACUCCUCAUGCACCGCCUCGUCGAACAUAUCUCGUCUCGGCUGUCGGCCACCACCGACGCCGAACACGUCCGCGCCGCGUCUUCCGCUUCCGAGCGGCUCGCGGCGAGCGGAAUGGCGGAAUUCGCCGAGCAGGUCAAGGGCGUCGUGGAUACCCUUGCUGCUGUGAGAAGGGUGGAUUGGGAGGGGCACGGGAGGUGGUAUGCGGAGAUGUGA